AUGGCAUAUGCUGGGAGGGAAUCGUUUUCCGGUAAACGCUAUGAAGAAGAACAAUUUUCAGGGCGGGAAGCCUCAGUCAGGGGAGGAGGAGAGGAUGAAGAAAGUCGCGUGAUAAAUGAGCUUCAUACGGCGACUCCGCCGAUGCUUGUUCCUCGAUCCGACGAAAACAGCAUUCACGAUUUUGAUUCAGAUGUUAGCUAUUCACAUAGGCCCGAGGAGUUUCGACGGUCGUUUGAAGCCUUUUUACGUUCGGAUCAGUCGCGGAUACAGGGGGAGUCGAAAUCGCAGCAACAACAAGAUACGCUCCAUUACUCUGUCGGCGAAGGAAGCCUGCCAGAGUUCAAGUCGCGGGACUACGCUGGUUCAAGAUCUAUACAGAAGCCUCGGCCAUCAGCAUUGCGUAGAGUGCAGAUGCAGCAUAAUGACGUUACUCACAAUGAAGAGUUGAAUAUUGAUGACGCGGAUGAAUCGCGACAAGACACAUCCCCAGAUAGCGGCAUAUGUUUCACGUCUAGGAGGAACGAUGAUUCCACUUCAGCUGUCGACAUGAACCAACCUACUUCACUCACUUCUGUUUCGACCAUGUCACCGUUGGAGGAGGUACGCACGCCAUACGAGUAUCCACGUGAAGGUCCCAAGGAUAUGUUGCUUUCGCCACUAUCCUCCUCUCCCCUUGUUCAACGGGCAACCUCUUUUGACGAUCCUAAUACGUGGUCUACAAGCGUACCAGGAUCCUAUAGCAGCAAGCCCCGUAGCUACACGAUUGACAGACAUAAUAGCUGGAGGCAGGUCAUGCGCCAGCAGCGUUCUCGCCGAUCCACCGGGUCCAGCGGAAAGUCUCCUGCCAGCGCUUUUCUAUCCAUGUGGAGUUCCCCUGAGGAAGUUGUAGCGCCUCAACCUGACGACGAAGGCCAGAUGGUUGGUACAGACUAUGUGCUUGGUAAACAGAUCGGCUUCGGUGGCUUCAGUACGGUUAAGGAAGCAUACAAAGUUGGAGCCGAUGGCUCUACCAGGCGCUUGGCUGUGAAGAUUGUAAAGAAGCAUGUCAGUGGUAAAAGCGAGAAGGAGAACGACCAAGUACAGGCUGAAUUUGAUCACGAAGUUCGAAUCUGGCGACAGUUAAAUUACCAUCAUAUCCUGUCACUGGAAGCCGUAUACGAAACAGAUUACGCUACUUUCUGUUUCACGAAGCUGCAUAUCGGUGGCACGCUCUUUGACUUGAUCAAAGCCAAUCGUGGUGGUCUGAAUAUGAAUCUCGCUAGGAAAUACUCCUAUCAGCUAGCUUCUGCUUUACGAUACUUGCACGAAGAUAUGCGAGUGGUGCAUCGGGACAUCAAGCUUGAGAAUUGCUUACUGGACCCCGAAAGGUUGGAAGACGGCACAGAGAGUGCCAAACUCGUGCUUUGCGAUUUCGGUAUGGCUGAAUGGAUGACAAACGACACCAGUGGUGAACCACUUGAUACAUAUGACAAUCCUGCUGACCGACCGCCACCACAAAAUAUUGGACCGAGUGGCUCUAGCACAAGCGUUGCCGGAAGCUUGGAAUAUGCGUCUCCAGAACUCCUCCUUUCUUCUACGGGCUUGAUUGAUCCGGUCGUCGAUAUCUGGGCCUUUGGCGUUGUCGUCUAUGCAACGUUGGUAGGAUCUCGUCCCUUUCAGCAUGGGUUUGGCCCUCGUCUACAAUCCAGCAUUAUUAAAGGUGAAUGGAACCAGGAAGCCGUUCUUGCAGGCCAAGACGAUGAUCGGAGCCGCAAGGAAGCUUUGGAUCUAAUUCGUCAUUGUCUAGACAAGGACACAUCUUCUCGGUGGACAAUACGACAAACCCUGGGAUGCGAUUGGUUCUCAUCUGUAACUGAACCUUCAGAUGAGCAUCUCGAUGAGCGGUCAUGGAGACUUUAGUCUUUACAACGCAGUCGGUCACUACUCAAUCAUCAGCAACUUUUUCUCGCAACGGUCUAUCUUUGACCACUCUAUGAAUUUUGUUCGAUUUUUCUAUUUUUUAACGACGAUAUGGGUAUAAUUUUGGCACGGAUCGUUCAGGAGUAUUGAUUUUACUAUGCAUUAUGGUCACUGGUGUGUUUUAGCUGUUAUACCCCCAACGGUCAUUUAUGAUACCCAUGUCCUUAUUUUCCCCGGUUGCAGAGCGUGUACCUGUGAGCGGUGUCUUUUCUUUCAUGUGGUGUUCUUUACAUGCUUGUUGAGUGGAACGACCUAGGCGUUGGUUCUGUUUUCUCAUGAUUGUACUAGUUUCCUCGGUUUUUCUCAGCUCUUCUCUUCUGGUUGCUCUCUGCUCUGUUAAGUCUUGUGACUUCUCUCCCCUCACAGAUUGAUUAUCAGGGGAGUCUCUCUCAGUGGUAAUUGUAUUGUUCUUCUGAGACUUAUGUCCCUGCUUUUGCGUGUCGUGCUUUCUUUCUCCUUUCUAUGGGCUUGAUGCGAUGAAGCGAGCGAGUUGUAUUAUUUAGCCAAUCUAGCGUGACAUGUAUGCCUCUUAUCGACUUCCUUAUACUCUUCUCAGUCCGUGUUACUUGCAAGUUGCCUACACUCUUGAUGUAGUAUUGAUAUCUCGACAGCAAUUAAAAGAAUGAACUUCACUGUUUGAAAUCAUACAACAGUCCAAUCUCCAAAGUAAAAUAAUAUACAUAUAUUCAUACUAACACUAAGAAUACACCUGACACGAGAAAAGAAUCAGACAAACUACCAAAUCCUAUUCGGCGCCAGAGUCUUCUCCUUCUUAACACCAGCUGAAGACUUCCUCUCAGCAGGCGAAAGGAAAAACAAACUGGGUCCUUCACUCGGCUUAACCAAAUGACUCAAAUAACCUCUAUGAGCCGGAUCACGAUAAUACUCAAUAUCCUUUCUGUGCGUGGGAUCCGGUAACCGAUACAUAAAAUUCCCUCUUUCCAUAAUCUUGGAUUCUUUCAGGUCUGAUUCCUGUUCAGCUCCCAAAGCUUUCAUGAGAAACUCACUACCACUUUUCUGGGACCACGCCAAUGAGAAAAAUGGGUGUGUUUGACCCAUCAGAAUCCGUUUUAUGGACGCAUUUGUAUAGAAUCGUGUCGUUACGGAGCCACCGGCUGCUUCAAUAGCGGCAAUAGCAUCUGCAGAGGCGCGCGAUACCACGAUGUGGAUUGGUUGUUUGAGACCGUUCUCCUUGCCGCGACCGAGCAGUUUUAUGCCGUCGCGGAAUUGGUGUACGCAGUUUGAGUGGAAGAGCUCGCGCACUGUGAUGGGGUAUUUGGGGUCGAUGCGGCCUUGGUCGAUCCAUUCUUGGAUUCGGUCGAGGUUUACCGUUAUUAAGUCAGUAGACCAG